UGGCUCUUGGUCUGGAGAGCUCUGCUGCGAUCUCGCCUGUUUCUUUCAUGGCGACCGGCGGUGGCCGUUCCUCUGCAGAGUCCUGGUGGCCUAUGCCCCCCGGAGAGGACUACGAGGAGCCUGCCGGCACUGAUGGUGAGGAGAUUGACAGCGACAGCCAGCGGACGCUGUUUAUGGAUGGUCACACGAAGCCCGCAUCGUCUGUGCCCUCGGAGACCGAGAAGGACAAGGCCGAAAACGAGCUGGAAGCUGGUCAGGAGGCAGACACAGGAGACGCAGAAGUGCCGCUACCAACGACCAGCCGGCCAAAGAGCAACGGCGCAGCACGCCAGAAGAACAAGAAGGCGGGGCAAGGCCGCGGCCGGAAUAAGAGCAAGGAACUCGCGCAAGCGCUCAAGUGGCACGGCUGCGACUUGGGUUGCUCGAAAUGCCGUAACAGCAAAGGCGUAGGCUGCGCUGUGUGCCGCAACAAAGCCCUGGACAACCUUGCCAUGCCGCUCGCGGAGGUCUUGGCUGAGUUCAAGGCAAGGACGACGAAGAAAAAUCAGAAAGCUUAG